UAUCGCAUUAGAAAGUAGAAGAAGAAGUGGAGGCGGGACAGAAAACAAAAUGUCUGCUCCGAAAACAAUCCCGAAAGAUGCCCAGGUGAUGAUUCAGAUCUUGAAAGAUAUGGGCAUCACUGAGUACGAGCCGAGAGUUAUUAACCAGAUGUUAGAGUUCACCUACAGAUAUGUGACAAGCAUAAUUGAAGAUGCAAAGAUCUACGCAACACACGCCAAGAAAUCCAACGUGGACGCAGAUGACAUCAAACUCGCCAUCCAGUGUCGAAUGGACCAAUCAUUCACCUCACCACCUCCACGAGAUUUCCUGCUGGAGGUUGCCAGACAGAAGAACCAGACUCCGCUGCCACUCAUCAAACCUUACAGCGGACCCCGCCUUCCUCCCGACCGCUACUGUUUAACAGCACCUAACUACCGGCUAAAGACCGUCCAGAAGAAGGUGACGUCGACCGCUGGCAGAAUCACAGUUCCUCGGCUCAGCGCAGUCUCCAGUCGGCCCAGUACCCCCACGUUAGCGACCCCUGCAGUUCAGACAGUCACCAGUAAAGUCGGAGCUCCUGUUUCUCUGACUGGUCAGCGGUUCACAGUCCAGAUCCCACCGCCAUCUCAGACGUCUGUCACAAAGUCAACGACACCUUCAUCCACGCCGGCCGUGUCCAACGUCCUCAUCAACCCGUCUCUGAUUGGCUCCAAGAACAUCCUCAUCACCACCAGCAUGGCGUCCCAGAACUCCGGCAGCGAGUCGCUCAAGAGGAAGCACGAGGACGACGACGACUACGAUGCUUUGUAACGCGACAAAUGACUGAACCUGUGACUCCACUUUUUUAUUUUAAUGCAACAGGUUGUGAUGUUUGAAGUAAAAUUGAUCAAAAUCUAA